GGGAAUGAGUCUCAGAUGCCGGCUUUUGCGCGUUCUGAACGCGGUGACACCCAGGAGCCCAGUCUUCCCAGCCCGGGAACCCCCUUUCUCCUCUAACCACGGUCUGUGGACCUGUGAGGCGUGCGGGAGGGAGUGUGGCUUCGGUCUGGUUCAGAGCUCUCUCCCGUUUAGGGCCAAAGGAAUAACGGGGAAGGUGGAUGAAAGGCCAGAGAAUCCUACCAGGAAACUUGGUCGCAUGCUGUCUGUCACUCCAGCAUCUGAAAGGAGUAAAUAACGGUUUCCUUUGAAAUGCCAGGCAAUUAGGACUGGGAGGCUCUGACCAGAAUUACAUAGCCACAACCGCCUGUCAUUUGACAUCCUCUGUAAUUUGGGCCAACACACUGCAGCUGCCUCUCUUCCCUCUUACCAGCAUGAGUGGCUCCAGUGACAGCAUAUUCGCGUUCACAGGAAGAGAAGGCUGUGUUCUGACCGCUCCCGAAUUGACCCUGGUUCUCCCGCAGGCCCCAGCUGUAUCUGGAGCCACUGCCUCUUCCAUGAGGAUACCGCUCACGGAUGGCUCCGCUGGGAGCAGUUGUGGCUGUAACUGCCAGUUUCUUUUGUGCAUCUCUCUUCUCGGCUGUGCACAAGAUAGAAGAGGGCCAUAUUGGGGUAUAUUACAGAGGUGGUGCACUGCUGACCUCCACCAGCGGCCCCGGUUUCCACCUCAUGCUCCCCUUCAUCACAUCAUAUAAAUCUGUACAGACCACGCUGCAGACUGACGAGGUGAAGAAUGUACCUUGUGGGACUAGUGGUGGUGUGAUGAUCUACUUUGACAGAAUUGAAGUGGUGAACUUCCUGGUCCCAAACGCAGUGUACGAUAUAGUGAAGAACUAUACUGCCGACUACGACAAGGCUCUCAUCUUCAACAAGAUCCACCAUGAACUGAACCAGUUCUGCAGCGUGCACACACUUCAGGAGGUCUACAUCGAGCUCUUUGAUCAGAUUGAUGAAAAUCUCAAACUGGCUUUGCAACAGGAUCUGACCUCCAUGGCUCCCGGGCUUGUCAUCCAAGCUGUGCGGGUGACAAAGCCCAAUAUACCUGAGGCGAUCCGCAGAAACUACGAGUUGAUGGAAAGCGAGAAGACAAAGCUGCUCAUUGCGGCGCAGAAGCAGAAGGUGGUGGAGAAGGAGGCCGAGACAGAGCGGAAGAAGGCCCUCAUCGAGGCGGAAAAAGUGGCUCAGGUUGCAGAAAUCACCUAUGGACAGAAGGUGAUGGAGAAGGAGACUGAGAAGAAGAUUUCAGAAAUUGAAGAUGCCGCGUUUCUGGCCCGGGAGAAGGCAAAGGCCGAUGCAGAGUGCUACACAGCUAUGAAGAUAGCUGAGGCAAAUAAGCUGAAGCUGACCCCUGAGUAUCUGCAGCUGAUGAAGUACAAGGCCAUUGCCUCCAACAGCAAGAUUUACUUUGGCAAAGACAUCCCUGACAUGUUUGUGGACUCUGCAGGCACUCUGGGAAAGCAGUUUGAGGGGCUAACUGACAAGCUGAGUUUUGACUUAGAAGAUGAGCCACUGGAGGCAGACCCUGAGGAGAACUGAAGACUUUGUAAACAACCUCACAUGACACAUAAAGAGAUCUUUAUUUUUUAAUGAUGAACCAAGAUGCCUCUCCCUCCCCCACUACCUUCUGUGACUCUCCUCCACGUACUGUCAUGAGAAAAGAAGAAAUGGACCAAAAUCUAUUCCCCUUCCUGGGAAGAGGGGCAGAGUUUGAUGAUUGAGGGUUUUAUUCAGGUAAGUGGGUUAUAUGACUUCUGUUAAGAUUUGUAAAUGGUGGGGUUGACCUUUGACCUCCAGACACUGAUUUUAGCCCUUUGAAGCUGUGAUAAUUAGGGAUUCCAUCACUAAGGAGUGGGACAAAUAUAGUGUGUUGCCUCCAAGUGACUUGAUUUCCCUUACUUGGGAAAUACAGUCCAGUUUUCUCACCCCUGGCCUCCAAGUUGAGAGAUGCUUUGUGGGUGAGGCUCAGCAGCUGAGCGAAUGUGUUUGUCAGUUGGCCUCAGAGUUGUGGAGAAAUGUCUGCAGGGGCCAUUUGGCUUUCCUGGUGUUUUUGUCAGUGUGUACGUGUUAGGUUACGGGCAUGCUUUCUUGAUUCCUCGGGGGGAGAACUGGUGCUAGGGUUUGCAAGCUUUUCUAUACACUACCCUCCUUGUCCAGGGUUUAACGAGUGGUGCUUUCUGACUAAUUUCCAGAGUCAGGGUUUGGUCACCACCACACAAUUCUUUCUAAAUCUUUUCACCUAUUCUGUGAUUUGCUUUUUGCUUCUCCAUCUGUUCUUUGGCUCCACUCAGCAUCAAGAAGACAGGAAAAGUACUUCAAGCGUCUUAAUAGCUGCUGAAGUGGGAUCAUUGUGUCUGUUAGCCACUGCGGUACCUGCUUGGCAAUAUGUAUGUUCCUUGAGAUCAAGUGUCUUUUGUUGUGGAGAUUCUACACUGAAGCCCUCCUCUAGAGGAGGAAGAAGGCUCAUCCGAAAUAUUUCCGAGUCUUAUCCCCAUGGCUUGUGCUGGGAAUUUGUCUCACACCGUGAUAAUAAGGGAGCCAUUUGCUAAGUGGCAAGCGUUUUUAAAUCUGGGAUCGAGAUGACCACAGCGAGGUCAGACUGAAUGUUAAAUCUCCAGAGAUAGCUAUGUAGGUGCAAGUCACAGACCAUGCCCACGCCCAUUCUGAUGUUUUCUUACUCAUUGCUGAUGAGGAAAAUUUUGAAUCUCUCUGGGAGAUAUGGGAUGGGGAAGAGCAAACAUGAAAGAAAGGUUUUCUUAUGUCCUGAAACUGGAAUUGGGAGCGUGGGGAGGAGCGAGUGGCAGCCUGUGUAGGCCGUGAUUCUGUUCCAGACUGAAGUGGAGGGCAGCUAUCUGGAGCUAACUUGGAAGCAUAUUAGUGUCUCCAUGACGAGCUCUGGGUUAGGAUCUGGCCUUGUUAUUAGCUUUCCCCUCCCAAAACUCCCACUGUACCCCUCUUCCCUCAGUGAAACUACAAAUGAUACAUUCUGGCACAGGUCCCCACUCCUUUUGGGUCCCAUACCCAGACUUGUGGUUUAUCAUAUGGCCCCAGAAGUUGGGCCAGCUUGCUUCUGCAUAGGACCAGGCUUGUGGGGAGUUUGGGGAGCAUUCAGCCUGCUUAGGAAGAAACAAAACAUUAACUCCUCUUAAAACAAAUGUUACCCUUCUCUGUUUCAAUUCCUGGGACUAAGAAUUCUCAAGCCACUGGUCCUGGUUCCCUUUUGUGCAAGCAGCCAAAUGUUCCUGGGAGUGAUGGAUCUUAAUGUGCUCAGAAGUCUUGCAGAAGAUGGUCAGUCUCUCAAGACCAAAGUAGGAUAUCUAUUAUUAAGGCAUACGCACCCUUCUCCUAUUUCAGUGCCAUUUUCUACUUGUUAAGAGCAACCUAAUAUGUGACAUCCAGCAUCCCUGAUUUACACAUUUGUCUGCUCCCUCUCCUUUCCAUAAUUCUACUCUGAGAUUUGCUGCCCAGGCCUCAGAAAACACUGCUUCAGUACAAUGGCUUAAGUAGAAAGGGUAUCUCAGCCUGUCUGAAUAGAUGGUUUUCUCAGGUUCUCAACUCGAAAGCUAACUCAACUCAACUCUAACACUAACACCCUGUGAAGGCCUAUCCCUUGCAAAAAAUACUUUGAGCACAAGAGUCUCAGUACAGUAACGUCCUGCUGCACCUGCCCACCCCGAUGUCCAUGUUGCUUCUUCUAUAAACAAAAAAUGUAAAUGUUGUAGUACCCAUUAGUUUUAUGGUUGUCAGCUGUUUCCUCAGCAUGGGGCAGCUAACCAGUCUGCCUCUGUGACUUUGUUUCUUUAACACUUAUUAGAAAAUCUGAUCUCAAAACAUUUGAAUUCUAAACAUGUAAAAUGUGACAGCCUGCAGUUUUGUAGGCAGUAAAGUCAUGGCUGCUAUUUAUAAAUGAAACAUAUCAAAAUAGUAACUGUAAAAUGCAGUUUUUAUAGGAUUUUCCAAGUAAAAGUCCUUGGUUGAAUGUUUCUCAUUAAACUUUACAGAAGUGAUUCAUAUUCAGGACUGUUUUUAAUCGCUUUUUACUUUAAGGACAGAAUGUUUGCAAGGAAACCAGAGUUUGUUAAUAGUUUUUGUAAGACUCCAAUAAAGCAAAUUUGGAGGGUUCUGUGAUCAUAUUAUGUUGAAGAAGGGGGGAAAAAAACCACUGAAAGAAUUUUAGCAAUAAUUUAUCCAAAAAAAGAUAGUUUCUAAAUGAUCUGUUCCAAUUUCUAUGGGUUCAUGUUUCCUUCAACACUGAUAACUUUACCAUUUAUAAAAAAUAAAUAGUGAAAGUAAGUUUGUCAUAUUUACUGACUUAGCGGUUUGAUUGAGGAUAACAUGUAUCUUGGCUUGUAGCUUCUGUGACUGAACUUAACCACUACUUAUUUAGUUCUCUUCAGCAGGGUUCCAGCCACAGUUUAUAUUGUUUUUCUGUAAAAGAGGCGAUGGCCAACCGCUUUGUGUUUGUAUUUCCAGUCCUUUUUGGUUCUGCUCCUAUGAAAGCUGGUGGUGGAACAGUCGAACUAAUUCUACUUCCAGAGAGCCCCGAGGGCCUACUGACUGACCUCCCCCACCCCCAAGUAACUGGGAAAUAAUUUUUGUUAGAUGAAUCACUCUGUAAAUGGUAUGCUGGAUUAAUUGCCUUGAGCUGGAGGAAUUGUUUUGGACAACACUAAAGGUGUGAAUUUAUGUCUUAAUUUUAUUUUCAGUCUUGCUAAAUAAAAUGGGUCUUUGCAUUUGC